UUCGAUUCGAGAGAACAGGAAACGACGUGCGCGCAUUCUCUGAAACAUCGUCACCUUUUCUUUCUCACGCCCGUCAGCAUAAUUUGUGGUCUUGACAAUUACGUAGCUAUAAUAUCUCUCCGAAGAUUUAUGCGUGACGUAAUAGUAUUGUUUUCCUAUGACAUUCCGGCUUGCAAGCUUCCUGCUUUUUGCUCGUGGGGUGCUACACAGAGGGCCUAAGUUUGUUCGGCAGCGUACGUUGGGGAGAAGUGUCUUUGGUCGUAGGGUUGCUGGAUGUGAACGUUUGUGGGAGAUGAGCGUGCGUAGUUGAGAUCCAAGUCGAAUGUGGGUUUAGUUCCUCUGGACAUGCUGCCAAGCCUUGUUGCGUUAAAGGACUGCGAACGUUUGAUUGCUUCAAUUUGGCCGUGAAGAUGAUCAUAGUGGUGGUCGACAAAGAACAUCGGUUUGUUUUUUUCUCUGUAUUGGCAUGAAGGGUGAUUGAUCUGGAGCGCCUGUUUGGAGAUUGAAGGCACGGCUCAGAGAACCAAAGCAGGUAUGGCACCACCGCAGGAUUUCAUGGCAUCCCAGAAAGAGGAGCUGAUUUCUACUAUGACAGACUUGAUUGCAACUCCCUCGGAACCUCGAUAUCCGGUAACGAAAGCUAAGAAAGGUCGUCAUUCUCCUUCCAAUGAUCGGGGCCAACAAGCCACAGAAGUGGCCCUCCGGACAGGUUUGGAUCAUGAGAAUUGGAGGUCUCGGAGCUUGCAUCGCCUCUUCUCCGUUGGUCACUUGGAGUACGAGGAGCGAUUGGAGGAAGAUGUGCGAUCUCAUAUUGUGCGCAACUCUAUACAUGUUCUCCGCAUGAAUGAUCGCGGUGGCUACACUGUGCCUGCGGAAGGCCUCUACCCAUUUCAGUGGAAUUGGGACUCGGCGAUCGUUUCAGCUGGAUGGGCUGUCUUCGACGAAGAGCGAUCGUGGGAAGAGUUAGAGACUCUGUUCUCGGACCAGUGGGCUGACGGAAUGGUCGCCUCCAUCAACUUCCACAAGUUCUCUGAGACGUACUUCCCGGGUCCUGAGAUUUGGGGCACGCCAGAGAAGCCCAGCAAAACUUCUGGCAUUUCGCAACCACCUGUUGCUGCGAUGGCUGCGAGAUUCCUGUACGAGCACGCCGAGAUGCAAGACCUGGCGAAAGAAAAGAUCGAGGUCUUGUUUCCGAAGAUGCUUGCAUGGCAUCGGUGGUGGUAUAAGGCUCGCGACCCUGAAAAUAGAGGCGUGGUGGCUAUCUUACAUCCUUGGGAGUCUGGUAUGGACAACAGCCCUGCGUGGGACGAACCCAUGAAAUUCCGCAUCGACAUCGACCUUCCUCCAUAUGUUCGCCGCGACCUGACUCACGUCGAUGCAAGCAUGCGGCCAACGAAAGACACUUACGAUCAUUAUCUUACUCUUUUGUACAGGUUUAAGAAGACUCAUUUCUACGACCCAGACCAGCUUUACUGGAUCUCCCCCUUCCAUGUAACUGAUCUAUGUGUCAACAGCAUUUUGUUUCGUGCCAAUCGGGAUCUGCGGUGGAUUGCGCUGCAACUUGGUAAGCAGGAGGAAGCGAUGGAGAUAGAGAGAUGGUUGGACGAUGGCUUCAAGGGGUUUAACAUGCUCUGGGACGAUCAAACAGGAGUGUAUAAAUGCCAGGAUCACAUCACAGGGAAGCUUGCCAACGCUGCAACUUCAGCAGCGUUCCUCCCUUUAUUUGCAGGCGUGGCAUCCAAGGAGCAAGCUGCGAAGCUGGUUGCCAAUCUAGAGCGGUGGUUGAGCAAGGUGAAGUAUGGAGUGCCGAGCUUGGAUCCAGAAGAUCCCCGCUUCGACCAACUUCGCUACUGGCGGGGCCCAGUGUGGCUCAUCAUCAACUGGAUGAUCUCGAACGGGCUUCGACACUACGGGUAUGAGGAACUUGCAAAUCGUAUCAAGCAAGACUCGAUUGAUUUAACUAGCAAGGCUGGACUGAGGGAGUACUUCGACCCUAUGACGGGAGAUGGAUGCGGGGGUAAGCAGUUUUCAUGGACGGCGGCCAUGUGCUUAGCGUGGCUUGAUCGACCAGCUGCUAUUGCAAUCGGCCACAAAUUGAGUGGGCCUAAAAAACAUUUAGAUUGAUCAUUGAUCAUUUAGUACGUGGGAUCACAUUAAACCUCAUUCACUGGCCUGAUGAUUAGCCUGAACACUGGCAACGGGUGAUGGGAGUGGGACCUAUUGAGAACUGUGAAUGUUGGUUUGUAUGUAAAGAGGGGCUCGUAUACAGGUCCUCGUAUCUAUACGAUGGACAAUGAGCUGAUUAUUUAAUGUUCCUAGAUUAACUUCUAUGUAGUUUUCAUCUAUCUAAAACUCGUCGUCUUGUUUUAAUUUAGACCUGAAAAAUCCCAAACCUC